AAUGACUCACUCCGUGGCGUUAUUUUCGUGGACAGAUUUUGGGCGGAGUAAAACUAUUAUCUCGCUUCGCCUCUUCCUCUCUGUCGAAACGCACGUUUGAAUGAGAUGGCCUUGGAUACUGUGUCUCUAGCAACCUGUUCUACGUAGCAUCAAAGAUUGGCAUUGCAGUAGGAGCUGUACCAUAAUAAAGGGGGAACCCUUCAACAGGUAGUUCCAGAUCUCCAUCUCAAUGGCCCCACACCCAGUGGUGCAGGCCAUCAUUGACCUCUCAGCUGGAGCUAUAGGAGGUACAGCGUGUGUGCUGAGCGGUCAGCCCCUGGACACAGCCAAGGUGAAGAUGCAGACCUUUCCCUCCUUGUACCGAGGCUUUGUCCACUGCUUCUCCUCCACAUACAAACAGGUGGGUCUCCGAGGGCUCUACCAGGGUACCAGCCCAGCCCUGAUGGCUAACAUCGCUGAGAAUUCUGUCCUCUUCAUGAGCUACGGAUUCUGCCAGGAGGUGGUUCGCACAAUGGCGGGACUGGGAACGGAGGCUCCACUCAGUGACAUGCAAAAAGCAUGUGCUGGGUCGGUUGCAUCCAUCUUCUCCUCUCUGGUCCUGUGCCCCACUGAGUUGGUCAAGUGUCGUCUUCAAGCUAUGUACGAGAUGGAAGCGUCUGGCAAGAUCGCAAAGGGCCAAAACACGGUGUGGUCAGUGGCGAAGUCAGUGAUGAAGCAAAAUGGUCCUACAGGGUUUUUCACAGGCCUGACCACAACCAUCGCCAGAGAGGUGCCCGGGUACUUCUGCUUUUUCGGGGCCUACGAGCUCUGCCGAACCACCUUUGCUGACAACAUGAAGUGCAGCAAGGAUGACAUAGGAGUGGCCCCUAUUGUGUUCAGUGGGGGUUUCGGGGGUGCAUGCCUGUGGCUGGUGGUCUACCCCUUUGACUGUGUCAAGUCUCGCAUCCAGGUCAUGUCAAUGAUAGGGCGCCAGGAAGGUUUCUUCAAGACCAUGAUGACUAUCAUGAGGAUGGAAGGUGUAAGGGCGCUCUAUUCUGGUUUGACUCCCACCAUGAUCCGCACGUUCCCCGCCAACGGAGCCCUGUUCCUGGGGUACGAGGCCAGCCGUAAGUUCAUGAUGAAACAGUUUGACAGCUGACCUGGUCCUCCUCCGACAACGAUGUCCCCCAUCUCUUUUUUUGCCUUGUCAUUUGUACCAGUUAACCCUACUGCGCUGUGUCGUUAACCUCCUACAACACUCCGAACUGGUUGAAAUGACCUGAUUUCAAUGAGUUCUGAUUGUAAGUGGGCUGAGCUUUGCCCGCUGGGUUGGAACCCAGACUCCUCAGAGAAGCAUUUUGGCUCAUAUUAUGUUUUUAGAUACUUGACUUAAAUGUGAAUAUAAACUGAGUGUACAAAAUAUUUGGAACCUAAUAUUGAGUUGCAUCCCGUUUUGCCCUUAACAGCCUCAAUUCGUUAGGGAAUAGAUUCUACAAGGUGUCAAAAGCGUUCCACAGUGAUGCUGGCCCAUGUUGACUCCAAUGCUUCCCAAAGAUGUGUCAAUUGGCUGGAUGUUCUUUGGGUGGCGGACCAUUCUUGAUACACACAGGAAACUGUUGCGCAUGAAAAACCCAGCAGCAUUGCAGUUCCUGGCACACUUCCACCAGUGCGCCUAGCACCUAUUAUAGUACCAUUCCCCGUUCAAAGGCACUUAAAUCUUCUCUGAAUGGCAUACAUACACAAUCCAUGUCUCUAUUGUCGCAAGGCUUAAAAACCCUUCUUUAACUUAUCUCCUCCCCUUUGUCUACACUGAUUGAAGUAGAUUUAACAGGUGACAUCGAUAAGGGAUCAUAGACUGACCGGGUGAAUCCAGUUGAAAACGAUGUCAUGGACCUAAUUCUUUGUACACUCUGUGUAAGAUUGAUAUACAGGAUGCAUUCCCAGACCUGAUUUGAAACGGGAUCAAGGUCUGGAAGUGGAGUAUUUCGUCUUUUAAUUUUUUACAGUAUUAAUAAAAUACAUGUUAUUUUAUAAAGCCCUUUUUACAUUAGCAUUUGUCUGUGGUACGUCAGAGCAGAAUCUCAGAAUAGUCAUAAUCUAUUUCUUAAUCUGCGAGAGGGGUAUACUACAAAGCAGAAUAAAGGAGUUCGACAGUUAACUUUGUUAUAUAUUCAGAAUUUAAAAUGUAUAUAUAUGUUUUUAAGAAAUAAGCUUGAAAUUAGGCAUGGUCUAAUUGACUCCACAAACAAAAACACAUACAGUGGGGAGAACAAGUAUUUGAUACACUGCAGAUUUUGUAGGUUUUCCUACUUACAAAGCAUGUGGGGGUCUGUAAUUUGUAUCAUAGGUACACUUCAACUGUGAGAG